AUGUCAAAAAGCUCUGGAAGGGAUCGUGACCGGGAUAGGGAACGUGAUCGAGACCGAGACUACGAAAGGGAACGUGAACGAGAUCGUGAAAGAAAACGUCGAUAUUCAAGGAGUAGGAGUAGGUCACCAAAGGACAGAUCAUCACGUAAUGGAAAUGGCGGAAGUAGCAGCAGUAAUCGGAACCGAGACGAAAGAAAACGAGAUCGGAAUGAACGUGACCAUCGAGAUUUUGAUAGAAGAAGAGAUGAAAAACGCCGAAGGGAGUCUCCUUCGCAAUCAAAGCUGAAGGAAUAUGAACGGGAAAAACAACGUCAAAUGGAAAGAGAACGAGAGCGGGAACGGGAAAAAGAACGUGAAAGGGAUCGUGAACGAGAAAGGGACAGAGAACGAGAACGACAACGGGAAAUUGUUCGUGAAAAGAACAUAGAAGAAACCCAAACGACAAAAUCUGCUCCUCCCACAACAAUUGUCAUAAAUGAGGAUUCGAGCAGUUCUUCGCCCGAAGAGGAAGAAAUCGACAAAGAGGAAGAGCAACGCCGGCUGGAACUGGAAAUGAUAAAACGUAGAGAGCGCAUUGAACGUUGGCGUGCUGAAAGAAAACUUAAAGAAUUAGAAGCUAACAAGAAAGAUCUAAAAUCGCUAUUGCCCCCGCCCACUACAAAUAUUGUUUCCAAAAAGUGGAGUCUUGAAGAUGAAUCCGAAGAAGAGGACAACUCUAUUACUACUGUCGAUCUCAGCAAAGAACCCGAUUCACCGCCUUCGAAAUUCCAUCGCAUCAAGAAGCCCAAGGACGACGAUGAGGAUGAGAAAGUUGAUCGAUUAAAGUCAUCGAAGAGUAUCGUUAUUGCAGCCAAAGCAAAAAUUGAAGCUCUGAGGGAAGAAGAGGAACUCAAAGUUGAACAGAUGAAAAAGGUCAAAGAGGAAGAGGAAUACUCUAAAAAGGAGGCUGCUGCUGCUGCAAAAGAAUCUGCUGCGGCCGAAGAUAACGACGAAAUUGAUCCAUUGGAUGCCUAUAUGCAAGAGGUUGCCAAAGAAGUGCGACAGGUGAAUCAUAUCAUUACACAACCCAAAAAACAACAGGGCGUUGUAAUUCUGACCGGCAUGGCCAAAAAGAAAUCAACGGUGAACAAAAAUAAGGGAGAAUUAAUCGAACAGAAUAUGGACAGUUUGGAAUAUUCCAGCGAGGAAGAACUGGAAGAUAUCAAAGACACUGCAGCCAGCUUGGCUAAUAAACAUCGUAAAGAUUUACCCAAAAUUGAUCAUUCUGGCGUCGAAUAUGCCCCAUUCCGUAAAAACUUUUACGUUGAGGUUCCCGAAUUGGCCCGAAUGACACAGCAGGAAGUUGAAAAGUAUCGAGCAGAAUUGGAAGGUGUACAGGUUAAGGGCAAAGGUUGUCCUAAGCCCAUCAAGACUUGGGCACAGUGUGGCGUUAGCAAAAAGGAAAUGGAUAUUUUACGUAAAUUGGGCUUUGACAAGCCAACACCCAUCCAGUGCCAAGCGAUUCCUGCUAUUAUGUCUGGGCGAGAUUUAAUAGGUAUUGCAAAAACUGGCAGUGGCAAAACGCUAGCAUUCAUUUUACCCAUGUUUAGGCACAUCCUCGAUCAGCCAGAACUGGAAGAUGGUGAUGGACCGAUAUCAAUUAUAAUGGCGCCAACCCGUGAAUUGUGUAUGCAAAUCGGCAAGGAUAUCCGCAAGUUCUCCAAGAGCUUGAAUUUGCGCGUUGUUUGCGUCUAUGGCGGUACAGGCAUGUUUGAACAAAUCGCCGAGCUUAAACGUGGCGCCGAAAUAAUCGUCUGUACUCCAGGACGCAUGAUUGAUAUGUUGGCAGCCAAUUCGGGCCGGGUGACUAAUUUGCGCCGUGUUACAUACAUUGUCUUGGACGAAGCCGAUCGUAUGUUCGACAUGGGUUUCGAACCUCAGGUAAUGCGUAUCAUUGAUAAUGUAAGGCCAGAUCGUCAAACGGUAAUGUUUAGUGCAACCUUUCCAAGACAAAUGGAGGCUUUAGCUCGUCGCAUUCUCAAGAAGCCAAUCGAAGUAAUAGUUGGUGGCCGAUCUGUCGUCUGCAAAGAUGUAGAACAACAUGUCGCCGUUAUGGAAGACGAUGCCAAGUUCUUCAAACUGUUGGAAUUAUUGGGCAUUUACCAAGAAAAGGGUAGCAUUAUUGUGUUUGUCGAUAAACAAGAAAACGCCGACAUCCUCCUGAGAGACCUAAUGAAGGCCUCGUACCCGUGCAUGAGUUUGCACGGUGGAAUCGAUCAAUUCGACAGAGACUCGACGAUAUUAGAUUUUAAAUCUGGUAAGGUGCGUCUUUUAAUAGCUACCUCUGUAGCAGCACGCGGUUUAGAUGUCAAGGAUUUGAUUUUAGUUGUAAAUUACGAUGUUCCCAAUCAUUAUGAGGACUAUGUUCACAGAUGUGGUCGAACGGGUAGAGCGGGUAAAAAAGGUAGCGCCUGGACUUUCCUAACAUAUGAUCAAGGACGGUAUGCGGGCGAAAUCAUACGGGCAUUAGAACUUUCGGAGACCCCAGUUCCCGAAGAGUUGCAGAAACUGUGGAAUGAAUACAAGGCUGGCCAGGAAGCGGAAGGAAAGAAAGUACACACCGGCGGUGGUUUCAGUGGCAAGGGUUUCAAAUUUGACGAACAAGAGGCAAAUGCGGCCAAGGAAAGCAAAAAACUACAAAAGGCAGCACUUGGUCUAGCCGAUUCUGACGACGAAGAAGACAUAGAGAAUGACAUUGAUCAACAAAUUGAGCAACUAUUUGCAGCUAAACGCACUGUGAAGGAUACAUCUGUGCCCACUCCAGCCGUUACUGUGGUAGCCGCUACACCUACGGCUGGCAGUACAGUCAUUGCUAGUGCAAAUCCUACGUCAGCCUCCAAUCCUGUUGGUUCUGAUAAACUUGAGUUAGCCAAGCGGUUGGCAUCGAAAAUUAGUACCAACAAGAAUUUGGGCACUGACGGCAAGGCCUGUACACAAGUUGCAGCCGAAGCCAUAUUAAAGGGUUCCAGCGCUACACAGCCAAUGAUUACUGCCCGUUCCGUAGUAGAACAGUUGGCUGCCAAGCUCAAUAAUAAACUUAACUAUCAGCCCAAAGAUGACGAAGACGCUGCUGGAUCGGGUCUGUUGCCCAAUCAAGCUAAUUCAUUUACGAAAUAUGAAGAGGAACUGGAAAUCAAUGACUUCCCACAACAGGCACGUUGGAAGGUAACGUCCAAAGAAGCACUGGCUCAAAUAUCUGAAUAUUCUGAAGCCGGUUUAACAGUGCGUGGAACGUAUGUUCCGCCAGGAAAGAAUCCCCCCGAAGGCGAACGUAAAUUGUAUUUGGCAAUAGAAAGCUGUAGCGAAUUAGCUGUUCAAAAGGCUAAACGAGAAAUAACCCGCCUUAUCAAAGAGGAGUUGUUGAAACUCAGCUCAGCACAUCAUGUUUUCAAUAAGGGCCGAUACAAAGUUCUAUAAA